UGUGUUCAUUCAAAUGUUUUACUAUAUCUAGAAGACUUUUGAAUUUAGUUGUUUCUUUUUAUUGGUAAUUUUGUAGAGUAAUUUUAGUAAUACACUUAAUUAAUUAUUGCAUAGAGAUUAUUAGUAUAUAAAAUAAUGAUUUCUUAAAAAUAUAAUAAUACUUAUCGAUUAGUAUAAUAAAUAACUUGGAGUAGUAACAUUCUAUGAGCCUUUAUUCAAAAAACAUUCUUUAAGCCUCAAAACCCGAUUAGCCAAAAAAUCUAUGUACCAAAAAAGAAAUCAAUUAACAACCCAAAUACUAUUAUUAUUUAUUUGAGCUGGUUUUAAAUACUAAAAUUUAGAAGAAAAUUCAGAUACUGAUUAUGUAGCUUUAUGUGUGUAGUAGUACAUCUACAUUUGUGUCCACUUUGUCAUUUUUGUUUUGUCCUUUGUUUGUUGGUUCUUUCUUUGGUUGUGAGCGUGUUUCAUGCUCAGUUGCUUUUUAUUCUCUGCAACUGCUAAAGAUACAAGAUAAUGGUUGUAAUGGAAUCAAUCUCCAACAACAACAACUCACAUGGAAUUCCUGUUCACAGAUCUCAAGGAUCUCACAAUUUCACUCUUCAAUAAAGUUUUUAUCUUUUUGGUUAUGUUGCUUUCUUAGUUUGAUUCAAAUUCUCCAUUUUCUUCCAACUUGGUUGUUGAAAAUUGAUAAAAGAACCAAUUUUGGCAUCUGGGUUCUGUUUGUUUGAUUCUCAUUGUUGAAUUCUGUCUUAAUGGAAAAGGAAAGUUGAAGUUUUUUUAUGAGAAUCUGAUUCUAAAUAGUGUUUUUUGUUUUGUUUUGUUUUGUUUUGUUUGGAUAAGGUGAUAAGGACUUAACUUUCUUUGUGUGAGAAUGUGUUGUUUCAAAUUAUUCAUUAAGUUGAAUUUAAGCACUUGUUAAUGGUUUUGUAAAGGAGACAUUGCAUAAGUGAUUAUAUAGAAUGGAAGUUUUCAGUUUGGUUUUAUGGAUACUUGGUUUGUUGCUUCAUUUGCUGAUGAAGAUUUCUUCUGCCACUCUUUCUCCUUCUGGCAUCAACUAUGAAGUUGUAGCUUUGAUGGCUAUAAAGACCGAGUUGAAUGAUCCUCACAAUGUUUUGGAGAAUUGGGAUAUUAAUUCUGUUGAUCCAUGUAGUUGGAGGAUGAUUACUUGUACUCCAGAUGGUUCAGUUUCUGCAUUGGGAUUGCCUAGUCAGAAUUUGUCUGGUACACUAUCUCCUAAAAUUGGAAACCUUACCAAUUUACAAUCUGUGUUACUUCAGAAUAAUGCUAUUUCUGGUCAUAUUCCAGCUGCAAUAGGAAGCUUGGAAAAGCUUCAGACACUUGAUCUCUCUAAUAAUGAAUUUAGUGGCGAGAUGCCGAGUUCUUUGGGAGGCCUUAAGAACCUGAAUUAUUUGCGGUUAAAUAAUAACAGCCUUACCGGAGCUUGCCCUCAGUCUCUUAGCAACAUCGAAAGCCUUACCCUUGUGGAUCUCUCCUACAACAAUUUGAGUGGUUCAUUGCCAAGAAUAUCGGCAAGAACAUUAAAGAUUGUAGGUAACCCGUUAAUUUGCGGUCCAAAAGAAAACAAUUGUUCUACGGUAUUGCCCGAGCCACUUUCCUUCCCGCCAGAUGUAUUAAAAGCCAAACCAGACGGUGGUAAAAAAGGCCAUCAUGUAGCACUUGCUUUUGGUGCAAGUUUUGGUGCCGCGUUUGUCAUUGUGAUUAUAGUUGGACUUCUCAUUUGGUGGCGGUAUAGACACAAUCAACAGAUAUUCUUUGAUAUUAAUGAGCAUUACGACCCAGAAGUGCGCCUUGGUCAUUUAAAAAGGUAUUCAUUCAAAGAGCUUCGGGCCGCAACUGACCAUUUCAACUCAAAGAACAUUCUAGGAAGAGGUGGUUUUGGAAUAGUUUACAAGGCAUGCUUGAAUGACGGAUCCGUUGUGGCCGUUAAACGGUUAAAGGACUAUAAUGCAGCUGGUGGUGAGAUCCAAUUUCAAACAGAAGUUGAGACAAUAAGUUUGGCUGUCCACCGAAAUCUUCUGAGGCUUCGAGGGUUUUGCAGUACUCAGAAUGAACGACUCCUUGUUUAUCCAUAUAUGUCUAAUGGCAGUGUAGCCUCUAGAUUAAAAGAUCAUAUUCACGGUCAACCAGCUUUGGAUUGGACGAGGCGAAAGAGGAUAGCGUUAGGCACAGCAAGAGGGUUGGUUUAUUUGCAUGAGCAAUGUGACCCUAAAAUUAUCCAUCGCGAUGUCAAAGCAGCCAACAUAUUGCUAGAUGAAGAAUUUGAAGCAGUUGUUGGUGAUUUUGGUUUAGCUAAGCUUCUUGAUCAUAGAGAUACUCAUGUGACCACUGCCGUGCGUGGCACUAUUGGUCACAUUGCUCCUGAGUACCUAUCCACUGGUCAGUCAUCAGAAAAGACCGACGUGUUUGGAUUUGGAAUCUUGUUGCUUGAGCUUAUUACAGGUCAUAAGGCUCUAGAUUUUGGUCGAGCAGCAAACCAGAAAGGCGUAAUGCUUGAUUGGGUUAAGAAACUACACCUUGAAGGAAAACUAAGUCAAAUGGUAGAUAAAGAUCUUAAAGGCAACUUUGACAUAGUUGAAUUAGGAGAAAUGGUUCAAGUAGCACUCUUGUGUACACAAUUUAAUCCUUCACACCGUCCGAAGAUGUCCGAAGUGUUAAAGAUGUUGGAAGGGGACGGUUUAGCUGAGAAAUGGGAGGCGUCACAAAGGAUCGAAACACCAAGGUUUCGGUUUUGUGAAAAUCCGCCUCAAAGAUAUUCGGAUUUUAUAGAAGAAUCAUCACUAAUAGUAGAAGCAAUGGAGCUUUCUGGCCCUAGGUGACAAGCAUCUUAGUUUGUUUUUUUAACACUAUAGUUUUCAUGUUUAAAUGAACAUUGUUAUUAGUGUGUCAAUAGCUAGCUAUCUAAUGCUUGUAUUCAUGUGUAAAAAGAAAAAGGGAAAGUCAUGUAUAAGUCUUAUCUUCUUUGUUGGAAUGUUGAUUUAAUUGCUUCAUAAUUUUUUUUAAUCAAUGUUAGAAAUUUGUACCA